AUGGGACCUACAGGUGCAGCUUCGUCGACUAUGGGCCGGUUACAAGAAAGGAGAGCCGUGUUCAAAGUUGGUGGCAAAGCAGCUUCAUCUUCUCCAACAGCACGACAUCUCUGUUGA